AUGGAGAAAUAUUUGGUUGUUUUAUGCUUUCUUCUCAUUAGUCUUCAUAUGAAAGCCUUAUGUGAAGAACGGCAGGUGUAUAUAGUGUACCUUGGAGAGCACAGUGGGAACAGAAACAUUGAAGAAAUAGAGGAACACCAUCACUCAUUUCUACAUUCUGUUAAGGGUUCAAAACAAGAAGCUGAGACAUGUCUUAUUCAUAGCUACAAACACAUAAUCAAUGGCUUCUCGGCAUUCCUUACACCAGAACAAGCCUCCACGGUGUCAGAAAUGGAUGGAGUGAUUUCGGUUUUCCGUAGCCAAACAAGAAGAUUGCGGCUACAAACUACAAGAUCGUGGGAUUUCACCAAUUUACUUGAAGCAAAUGGUGACUUAAGUCGUGUGAAUGGAGAAAAAUUACUUCAGAGAGCUAGCUACGGCAAAGAUGUUAUCGUUGGAGUCCUUGACAGCGGUAUAUGGCCAGAGUCUCGAAGUUUUAACGAUGAAGGGAUGGAACCUGUUCCAAAAUCUUGGAAAGGUACUUGUCAAGAAGGGAUUGCCUUUAACUCUUCCCAUUGCAAUAGGAAAAUAAUUGGGGCUCGAUACUAUCUAAAGCAUUAUGAGGCUGAACUUGGCCCUGUUAAGGAAAAAAUGGAAUUCCGUUCACCUAGAGACAAAAAUGGCCACGGAACUCAUACAGCAUCAACUAUCGGAGGACGAAGAGUUCCAUAUGCUUCUUCCUUGGGUGGAUUCGCCAAUGGUACUGCCUCAGGUGGCGCUCCUCUUGUUCGCCUAGCCAUCUAUAAAGUCUGUUGGCAACCUGAUCCUCUAGAUGUUGUAGUAUGCCCGGACGGUGAUACACUUGCUGCCUUCGACGAUGCUAUCAAGGAUGGUGUUCAUGUUAUUAGCCUCUCCAUUGGUGGCAACACUAGCUUUCCGUAUGCUGAAGAUGGCACUGCAAUUGGAUCAUUGCAUGCCCUGAAGAGAGAUAUUAUCGUGGUAUGCGGUGCUGGUAAUUCAGGGCCAACUCCAUCAUCUGUGACAAAUGUAGCUCCGUGGCUCAUCUCCGUUGGUGCUAGUAGCAUUGAUCGAAUAUUUCAAUCAACAAUUGUGCUGGGAAAUGGCCUGAUUGUUCAGGGGCGUACAGUAACGCCAUUUAGGAAGACCAAGAAGUAUCCUUUGGUGUAUGCGGUUCAUGUAGAAAUCCCGGGCAAAACCACCAAUCUGACUACCGGGUGGUGCUUUCCUGGUACGCUUUCGAAAAAGCUUGUCAAAGGCAAAGUUGUUUUCUGCAGGGUAGGAUUCAUUUCUCAGGCAUUGGAAGUAAGAAGAGCAGGGGGAGUGGCUGCCAUUUUUGGCAACCCUUACUUCGGAAAAGGGGUAUAUGAAGUCCCUUUCCUACUCCCUGGAACAACUGUGCUUCAGAAUGAUAGUGCAACAAUAGUGAGUUAUAUAUUGAAUAAUGAAAAUCCAACAGCAACACUUUUCCCAGGAAGAACUAUUAUUGGUACUGGACCAGCUCCAUUUAUGGCUCCUUUCACAGCACUAGGUCCAAAUGGAAUUGAACCAAAUAUUCUCAAGCCAGAUAUUACUGCUCCAGGACUAAACAUAUUGGCCGCGUGGACUGAGGCAUCGCCUCCAACUCAGCUGCUUCAAGAUCAUCGAGUUGUUAAGUAUAACAUUGCAUCAGGAACUUCUAUGUCUUGCCCACAUGUUUCUGCCGUAGCUGCAUUGUUAAAAGCUAUACAUCCUGAUUGGAGUAGUGCUGCAAUAAGAUCUUCUCUAAUGACCACAGCAAGAAGGGUAAACAAUGUACAGAUACCAAUAACAGAUGCAGCGGGAAAUAUAGCAACUCCUUUUCACUACGGGGCUGGCCAUUUUCAACCAUCAAAAGCUGCAGAUCCUGGACUUGUUUAUGAUGCAAGUUACACUGAUUACCUUCUCUUCCUUUGUAGUAGUGGCACAGCUUUUCUCGAUCCAUCAUUCAAAUGUCCAAAGCAUGUCCCUCCUCCCAGUAAUCUUAAUUACCCUUCACUUGCAAUUGCAAAACUCAAUGGCACCAUGACUGUGAGUAGAACUGUCACAAAUGUUGGUACGGGUAAUAGUACUUACACAGUAAGCAUUGUACCACCCCCGGGCUAUACUGUUAAAAUCCUUCCAACAAAACUCUACUUUAGUAAAACAGGGGAAAAGCAAAGCUUCAGUAUUACAGUAAAAGUUGCUGGAAGCAUACAGGAGACAAAGUUUGAAUUUGGACGGUAUGCGUGGAGUGAUGGAGCUGGUCAUGUUGUUAGAAGUCCUAUUGUAGUAUCAGCAGCAUGA